UCCGGGUCAAAGGAGCCUGAGCCGCCCAGUCCCCCGUGUCCGCCAGCGCUGCUGUUCCCCGCGCUCGCCACUUCCGGGGCCGCAGUCCCGGGCAUGGAGCCGCAAGAGUGAGGCGCCUCCGGCCCUGGGACGCCCUGCCCAGCCCGGCUGCCGCCCCGAGCCGGCCCCGAGCCCCGACACCUCGCCCUCCCACCACGCGCCCCCACGGUGAGGAAGUCACUUGUCUUGGCGCAAGAACGAACCUGCUUUCCAGGAGCAGGGACCAAAGCCCAGGAGGUCUGUGUCCCACACAUGCAGCCGGAAUGGAGGCUUUCUGGACCCUUUAGAAGGGACUUACUCUGAGGGCUAGUGUGAGGCCGAGGCUCUGACUCACCCCUGUUGAGAGCUUAGCUGUCCUGGAAGGAGUGGUGUGCAGCAGACCAGGUGUUGGAUGGGGGCGACAAGGAAGCAACUUCGGAUUGGGUGCCAAGAGAGACCCCUGAAGAGGCUCCCCCACCCUCCUGAGGUCAGCCGAGCGGUGAAUGCGGAAAGUUAAGAAGCUUCGCCUGGACACUGAGAACACAGGAAGUUGGAGAAGCUUCUCGCUGAAUUCUGAAGGGGCGGAGAGGAUGGCCACCGGGGCGCCAGCGUCUGGCCAGGGCGCUGCGGUGGAGGUGGAGGACCCCGCGGCCCGCUUCCAGGUGCAGAAGCGCUCCUGGGACGAGCUUCGGGACGUCAUCCACAGCAGCCGCAAGAACUCGGGCCUCGUCAUCAACAAGGCGCCGCACGACUUCCAGUUUGUGCAGAAGACGGACGAGUCCGGCCCCCACUCCCACCGCCUCUACUACCUUGGGAUGCCGUACGGCAGCCGAGAGAACUCCCUCCUCUACUCUGAGAUUCCCAGGAAGGUACGGAAGGAGGCUCUGCUGCUCCUGUCCUGGAAGCAGAUGCUGGAUCACUUCCAGGCCACGCCCCACCACGGGGUCUACUCUCGGGAGGAGGAGCUCCUGCGGGAGCGAAAACGCCUGGGGGUCUUCGGCAUCACGUCCUACGACUUCCACAGUGAGAGCGGCCUCUUCCUCUUCCAGGCCAGCAACAGCCUGUUCCACUGCUGGGACGGGGGCAAGAACGGCUUCAUGGUGUCCCCCAUGAAGCCAUUGGAAAUCAAAACACAGUGUUCUGGGCCCCGCAUGGACCCCAAGAUCUGCCCCGCCGACCCCACCUUCUUCUCCUUCAUCAACAACAGCGACCUGUGGGUAGCCAACAUUGAGACGGGCGAGGAGCGGCGGCUGACCUUCUGUCACAGAGGCUUACCCAAUGUCCUCGAUGACCCCAGGUCUGCUGGCGUGGCCACCUUCGUCAUCCAGGAAGAAUUUGACCGCUUCACUGGCUACUGGUGGUGUCCCACAGCCUCCUGGGAGGGUGCGGAAGGCCACAAGACACUGCGAGUCCUCUACGAGGAAGUUGAUGAGUCGGAGGUCGAAGUCAUUCACGUGCCCUCUCCUGCACUGGAAGAAAGGAAGACGGACUCCUACAGAUACCCCAGGACAGGCAGCAAGAAUCCCAAGAUCACCUUGAAACUGGCUGAGUUCCAGACCGACAGUCAAGGCAAGAUCGUCUCGACCCAAGAGAAGGAGCUGGUACAGCCCUUCGGUGUGCUCUUCCCGAAGGUGGAAUACCUCGCCAGGGCCGGGUGGACCCGGGACGGCAGAUAUGCCUGGGCCAUGUUCCUGGACCGGCCCCAGCAGCGGCUCCAGCUCAUCCUCCUGCCCCCGGCCCUGUUCAUCCCCAUCACUGAGAGCGAGGAGCAGCGGAUGGCCUUUGCCAGAGCGGUGCCCAGGAACAUCCAGCCGCAUGUGGUGUACGAGGAGGUCACCGACGUGUGGAUCAACGUCCAUGACAUCUUCUACCCCUUCCCCCAGUCAGAGGGGGAGGACGAGCUCUGCUUCCUCCGAGCCAACGAGUGCAGGACCGGCUUCUGCCACUUGUACAAGGUCACCGCUGUUUUAAAGGCCCACGGCUAUGACUGGAGUGAGCCCUUCACUCCCCAGGAAGGUGAAUUUAAGUGUCCCAUCAAGGAGGAGAUCGCCCUGACGAGCGGGGAAUGGGAGGUCCUGGCCAGGCACGGCUCCAAGAUCUGGGUCAACGAGGAGACGAAGCUCGUGUACUUCCAGGGCACCAAGGACACGCCCCUGGAGCACCACCUCUAUGUGGCCAGCUACGAGUCGGCGGGCGAGAUCGUGCGCCUUACCACCCCCGGCUUCUCCCACAGCUGCUCCAUGAGCCAGAACUUCGACAUGUUCAUCAGCCACUACAGCAGCGUGGGCACGCCGCCCUGCGUGCACGUCUACAAGCUGAGUGGCCCCGACGACGACCCUCUGCACAAGCAGCCCCACUUCUGGGCCAGCAUGAUGGAGGCGGCCAGCUGCCCCCCGGAUUAUGUGCCCCCAGAAAUCUUCCACUUCCAUACACGGUCAGAUGUGCGGCUCUAUGGCAUGAUCUACAAGCCUCACGCAGUGCAACCUGGGAAAAAGCACCCCACUGUCCUCUUUGUGUAUGGAGGCCCCCAGGUGCAGCUGGUGAAUAACUCCUUCAAAGGAAUCAAGUAUUUGCGGCUCAACACGUUGGCAUCCCUGGGCUACGCUGUGGUCGUGAUUGAUGGCAGGGGCUCAUGUCAGCGGGGGCUUCAGUUCGAAGGGGCCCUAAAAAACCAAAUGGGCCAGGUGGAGAUCGAGGACCAGGUGGAGGGCCUGCAGUUCGUGGCCGAGAAGUACGGCUUCGUGGACCUGAGCCGAGUCGCCAUCCACGGGUGGUCCUACGGGGGCUUCCUCUCGCUCAUGGGGCUGAUCCACAAGCCUCACGUGUUCAAGGUGGCCAUCGCGGGUGCCCCAGUCACAGUCUGGAUGGCCUAUGACACAGGGUACACGGAGCGCUACAUGGACAUCCCAGAGAACAACCAGCUUGGCUAUGAAGCGGGUUCUGCGGCUCUGCAUGUGGAGAAACUGCCCAACGAGCCCAACCGCCUGCUCAUCCUGCAUGGCUUCCUGGAUGAGAACGUGCACUUUUUCCACACAAACUUCCUCGUCUCCCAACUGAUCCGAGCGGGAAAACCUUACCACCUCCAGAUCUACCCCAACGAGAGACACAGCAUUCGCUGCCCGGAGUCCGGCGAGCACUAUGAGGUCACCCUGCUGCACUUUCUCCAAGAGCACCUCUGAGCCCCGGAGCCCGGGGCCUGCACAUUCAGAGCACAAGUGGCUUCGCUGCCACAGGGACCGGGCAGGAGUGGCCUGCAGGCCCCUGCGCGGCACCUCCUCCCAGCGCCUGCGCUGGACAGCCCGCCCCAGAAGCCCGCGCCUUUGCCCCUGACGCUUUUUUAUCAUUUUUUAAAUGCUCCUGGGGUUUUUUUUGUCUGCUGCUCCCUGGUUGCCAGGACGAGAGGUGAGGCCGACAGCCACGAGGCCCUUCCUGAAGCCGCCCCCUCCCCGCGUGGCACGGGAGCAGGAGGCCUGCCCGCUGGUUAGUGGAGAGGCCAGCAGCGACUCGGAGGAGCCGGCCUGCGGCCCGUGGCCCCCACCUCGGUCUUGACCCUUCAGCUGGCAGAAGUAGGCUUUGCUUCCCCUCCCCUACCUGCCCUCUUCAUAUCUGCAUUUUGUUUGGAGGGAGGGGUUGUUUUCCACAAUUAUUUAAAAAACGCAAAGCAAGGGGUGCCUGAAUCUAGAAUCGGUCCGCCGCCUGGCCGUAGGGUGCACCCCAGGCGGCACCCGGUGAGCCCCACUUCUCCAGCAGGCUGCCUCUGCGGGUCAGCGCUGCUGGCCCUCCCCAGCCCAGCCGGCGCGCAGACCCGGAACCCUCCAGGGUUCCAGGCUCGGGGUGGGCGUGGAACCCUCCCCGCCUCAGGGUUACCCUUAGCCUACCUUCCUUUCCCUCCUCCCUGCCUGGAGUUCUGCCCGGGGCGGGCAAAACAAACAAACAAAAAACCCACCAGAAACGAACCGCCUCUACAUAUUAUGGAAAGAAAAUAUUUUUGUCGAUUCUUAUUCUUUUAUAAUUAUGCGUGUAAGAAGUAGACUCAUUAAACGAUUCCAGACGGAA